GGAUGUGUUGCUGUUCCUGUGAUAGAUGGUGCUAUGCUGGUGCUGUACUGGUGCUGCAAAAGACCCAUUACACUGAUGCCAUGAUAGUUCUGCUACACCAUCAACAAACAAAGCUCUGCAGGCUGAGGCGGCGAGACGAGCACUGAUGAAGAAGUGAUGACACGGGACAGAUUCAGCCAUAUUUCAUCCAGCAUGUUUCAUACACUGGUUGAUUUCCCCUGGAUCCACUGCUCACACGUAGAAGAGCGGCGCCACAAUAACCCGGCGCAGCAGGAAGCACUGAACCUAAAGUUGGAACAAUGCCUGAUUCACCAGCUGAUGUGAAAACCCAAUCCAGGUCGACUCCACCCACCAUGCCACCUCCGCCACCUGCAGUGAGCCAGGUCACCAAUCGCAACGCUUCAUUCACACCCACAACAAUGCUGAACGGAAGCAGCCACUCGCCCACGGCGCUGAACGGAGCCCCGUCCACUCCCAACGGCUUCAGCAACGGGCCGGCCGGAUCGUCCACGGCGGCGCUGCCCACCCAGCAGCUUCCCCCGGCGUGCGGUGCCCGCCAGCUCUGUAAACUCAAGCGCUUCCUGACCACGCUGCAGCAGUUCGGCAAUGAUAUCUCACCUGAGAUCGGGGAACGUGUACGCAGCCUGGUGCUCGGCCUCGUGAACUCAACUCUCACCAUCGAGGAGUUUCACUCCAAACUUCAAGAGGCCACCAACUUCCCUCUCCGACCCUUCGUCAUCCCUUUCCUCAAGGCAAACCUGCCCCUGUUGCAAAGGGAGCUGCUGCACUGCGCCCGCCUGGCUAAACAGACCCCGGCGCAGUACCUCGCCCAACACGAACAGCUGCUGCUGGACGCCAACGCUAACUCUCCGCUCGACUCCUCCGAAAUCCUGCUCGAGCUCAACGAGCACGGCAAGAGGAGGACGCCCGAGAGGACCAAAGAGCCAGGAGGCGAGAGGGACGGCCUGCACGCCGAGCAUCUGGCCAAGCGGCCGUGCACGGUCAGCCCGAGUCAGCGCUUCAGUCCGAGCAGCGGCAUCGCGGCCCACGCUCCACCCAACGGCCUGCCGGCCCACGCUCCACCCAACGGCCUGCCGGCUCACCCGCCCAACGGCCUGGCCCACCCCAGCGGCCCCGGCCCGCAGCAGUACCGUCUGGAGGACAUGGCCCUGGCACACCACUACAGAGACGCCUACAGGCACGCCGAGCACAGGGACGCCCGCGAACGCCACCGCCAGACAGCUGUUCACGGGGCGCGUCAGGAGGAGGUCAUCGAUCACCGGCUCACCGACCGUGAGUGGGCUGAGGAGUGGAAGCACCUGGAUAACUUGUUGAACUGUAUCAUGGACAUGGUGGAGAAGACGCGGCGCUCUCUGACCGUGCUGCGUCGCUGCCAGGAGGCCGACCGCGAGGAGAUGAACCACUGGAUUCGACGCUACAGUGAUGUGGAGGAUAUGAAAAAAGCAGACAUCCACCGAGACUUUCUUCACCGGCCGCCUUCCGGGUACCUGCCCGAAGAGAUCUGGAGGAAAGCAGGUGCCCCCAGUAUCCCGCUCUCCCCAGCACUAAAGCAACUGCACAGCAAGCAGGAGGAGGCGGUGAACGAGGUGAAGCGGCAGGCCAUGUCCGAGCUGCAGAAGGCCGUGUCGGACGCCGAGAGGAAAGCCCACGAUAUGAUCUCGGCCGAGCGCUCCAAGAUGGAGAGGGCGCUAGCCGAGGCCAAGAGACAGGCUUCAGAGAACGCGCUGUCCGUCAUAAACCAGCAGGAGGACUCCAGCGAGAGCUGCUGGAACUGCGGCCGGAAGGCGAGCGAGACAUGCAGCGGCUGUAACACGGCGCGUUACUGCGGCUCCUUCUGUCAGCACAAGGACUGGGAGAAGCACCAUCACGUCUGUGGCCAGACUCUACAGGGCCUGCCCGGGGGCAGCAGCGUCCCGCUCGGCACCCCCUCCUCGUCCUCCUUAUCUUCUUCCUCCUCGUCUUCGUCCUGUGCUCCACCCACGCGCUCCGAGAGCACCACUCCCGGCCCCCUCUCGCUGGGCGUCCCAUCCGCUGGCGGAGGUAGCCCGAAAGACGCCGGCUCCAGCGGCGCCUCACGCUCCACCACGCCCGCUACCCCGGCCCUGCUGGACUCCUCCUCUCGCUGAGCCCCGGUCCCGUCCGGUCUGGGCAUGCUCACCGUUAUAUCGUUAAAGCUACUACUGCUGCUGCUGCUGCUGCUGCUGCUGCACCUGCACCCAAAAGGAAGCUGAAAAUUUUCCAAAUCUGCGCACUUCUUCCCUCUUAACGUCUACCUGAAGCUUUAGUUUUGACUCUCCGAGCCGCGAUACGAUAGGAACGCGAACGUUCCCGUGAGAACACGUCUUGCUCACGCCCAGAAUCAGUUGGGAUCGGUUAUUUAUUUGACGCCUGGGUUAUUUUAUUUAAAUAAACAGUGUAAAUACGAAAGCAUGCGCGGAGGCAGCUCACGCCCCAUACACUCCGUCCUCCGAGCUCCAUCACACAAAGCGCCGGGACUUUUUAAAGAGGCUCAGAUAAGGGAGGAAGACUCCGGACACGUGCUUUUCACUUCUCUUCUAUCUGGGUUACGGAAGGGCGACAGACUUUCUCUUUUCCCUCCUACGUUCCUUACACCACAGAUUUUCUCUCCCGGUCUGUUUUUUUGGCUUUAAAAGAUUCCAAAAAUCCAAAAUAAUAAUACUAAUAAUAAUAAUAAAGAGACCUGAUAACUACCUUGCUAGCGAGCCAAGAAAAACCUACGCCGGACUCACCUCUCCGCUCUGACGUGAACCCAAAUAAAAAACGACCUGAUCCAAACCUUUUUUAAACACACUGCCAAAGUCUCAAGGAGAAGCGCUCGGAACCAAACGCGGACGGCAAGGAGAAACGAGCCUCCUUCCUCUCACUGUGCCCCCCCCCCCCCCCCCCACCUUUUUCUGUACAUGAAAAAAAACAAAGCGAGGACGUCUGAACUGCGAAACGAACCCGUUCGAAGAAUGAACCUCGAGGUCGUCUUUUGAAGCAAUUCUGAGUUUUUUUGAAAAAAAGAAAAACACGAUUUUACACCGAGCUCGAACUUUUCACGUUCUAACGUUUUCCAAAGCAUGAUGAGCAGACUGAUGCGCCUGGUGGAAACAAACAAAAAAACAAUCUGUCUCGAUGUCUUCUCUUUUUCUCUCUGAUGUCUUUCUACCUCCCGUUUUCUCGUCCCUUCGUGUCCUCCCCGUCCGGAUCUCAGAAGGGACGGAACGUGUAGAUACCGCUUCUCUCCGUGUAUCCGUCUGCCUGUGCUGCCCGUACUCAUAUGUACUUAUAUGUACCUGUAAAAAGUUUCUUUUUUGUUGUUUUUGUUUUUUACUUUGUGUAUUUUCAGUUUGGGCCGGACAUAUAUGUAUAGAGACGCUCCGAGGGGAGAAAGUUCUCUCCACCCUGAUACGACAGUGAGAGGACGGAGGUGCAAUAUAAGAAGAGAAGAGAAUUCAGCUACUGAAUGGAACCUCAGAAAACCACCCUUAGGGUACCUUUAUAAUAUAAAUCUACAUAGAAAUCUAUUUAAAAUAACGAGCGUUAACUUAAUGUGAAUGUAUAUAGUAUUUAAAAAGAAGUAAGCGGUCCAAAAAUGUGUUUGCCAAAUAACAGAAACCUUUAAGCGUGUCACGUCUAGGAAUGAUUCUCUCUGAUGUUCUUUUCCUUUCCACUCAUGAAUCCCCGACUCAUGUGAUUCCUCGUACGCAGCCGCGCAUUUCGUCCCCUCUGUUUUACCCCGCGUAGUGUGGAAUCUGUAGACAUAGAUCCAAACACGUCCUGAUGUUCAUGACUGACAGGCGUCUACGCAUCAACGAUGGUGGAAUCAGAUAGAAUCAGCCAGAGGUCAAAGAGAGUAGAAUUGGUGCUGCUCAUGGAGAGACUAGCUAAUGUUGUUCACCUGUGCGCUAAUGUUAAAAGCCCUGCUUUGGGCGUGGCCGACUGCUCUGUGAUGUUGUAUCAAAUGCAGUAUGCAUCGCUAGAUGUGAGAUGAUUGGAUUAACCGAAGCUAACAUUAGAAAAAUUACAUUCAGUGAUAGCCUAGCAGUUAAAGUACUGAACCAGUAAGCAUAAGGUUGCUGGUUCAAACCCCACCUCUGCCAGGUUGCAACUGUUGGGCUCUUAAAGCAAGGCCCUUAACCCUCAAUUGCUUAGACUGUGGAUAAAAGCGUCUGCUAAAUGCUGAAAAUGAAAUGAAUGAACGCUGGUUAAAAUGAGUUCAUAUAAAGCAGUUUUAGACCAGGUUUGAAAUGGAAUUAAUGCUCCACCCUUGCAGCUCUGCCUGUCAGUCAGUAGAAUCAGGUCGUUUUUAAGCUGAUGCAGACGUGCACCAUCAAACAUUAGUUCACAAACACAGUCAGUGACGUCAUGUUAGCAGAGGAAAGCAUUUUCUGUCCCUUGAUGAGACUUCUGACAUGCUAACACUUUCUGUCUGUGCUGCGGUACAUAGCUAUAAUUUUCUGGAUUUCUCCCCUCACCGAGGCAUGUGUCAUUAAUAAAGCGCUGGGUUGUUUUAGAGGGUGAGUCUGACAUGCUGAAAUUGUUGAUCUGCAUUAAAAUAAGCACUCCGAACCGUGCUGAUGUUCAGUCCACAUCCCGUACCUUUAAUACGGACCAAACUUGAAAAGCUUCCUCUCUGUCUCUUCUCAGCGCUUUCCCUCGUUGGCUUGUUUUUAUCUGAAUGAUCUAUUUUCUUAUUGGGAAAUUAAUAUAUUACGCUUUCAGAAUAUUCACCGGCCUGCGGAGCCGCCGGACGCGUGGGUCACUUACAGCGCCGAGGUUUCUCGACCAUCUUCUUUUUUUAUUAGCUACCUCCUGUCCGAGAGCGUGAGAUCCGGAUGUGUUCCGAGAGCCGUGCCAUGCUAGCAGACAUGCGAACCUGACACCAGCGUCUAGCUUUAUUAAAAAAGUGUUCUCGUUUAGUCGUUAGCGGUUAGCGUGACGGGGUGGACAGGUGAUCGUUUUUAAAAUGAAGCGCUCGUAUUACAAACAGCACCACUUAACCACAUUCAGAUACCUUACGUGUAUAAGAAAUUCUAUAAAAGCCAGUAUGUCUUUAUUAAUGCACUAAACUAAGGUGACCAUAUUUAGAUUUUCAAAACAGAGGACACUUGGUUCGGGAAAGGAAGGGGUGGAGGUCAUUUCAUGUGAUUGGUAGCAUUAUGGCAGUGUUUGUGGGGUAAAGGUUUAAAUAUGUUAUUGAACUUUGAAUCUUGGACAUUUUUGUUAAUUUAGAAAUCCUGGGCAGAAGUCUGGGUAAAAAAAGAGGACAUAUGGUCACCCUAACUGAACCGUUUUUAUCAGUCACAAUCAAUUUUAACCUACUUUAAGCUACUUGGUUUAUAUUUAUUAGAUAUUAAAUACAAUGUAGUUGCUUUAACAGUUCAUUUAAUUUCUUCUUAUGGUCGCAACAAUCUGCUACACAGACUAAUCUUUACCCUUCAGUCAACAGUCUGUGAAAUAUCUACAUUACUGCAGUACUGUCGUAGAAGAAGCUUGUAAAAGAAGUAAAAUCAAACAGAAAUCUGUUCGAACUCUCUUAUUCCUAAAUAAACGAUUUGUCCACCCCUCAUCACACAACUUCAUAUAUGUAGUGGAACAUAAACUCAGGCUGAAUAAAGUUUCAAACCAAGACAUUAUGGAAACUUAAUGCUUUAAUGUACCAGUUCAGUAUUCUGUAUAGAAAGAUUUACCAUAGAAAUCGUAAUAACCAAAAGCACCGACCAAAGCGCCUCUCCAUGCUGGGUUAACACAGUGCUUCUCAACCAGGGGGCCUCAGAGAGUCUGGGAGGGGGAUGUGGGGACCUGAGGCAUUUAAUUGAGAAGAUGGGACGGGAAAAUCAAUAUUAUAUUGAUUUCUUGUGAUGUCCUAUAGAUCAAUGUAAACUGCCGAUAGUCUACAGUGGGUCUUCGAGAAAUGACUCACGGAAUAUUUGAUUCGCCCGCCUCAAAAGUGCAAAGGUCAACAGACGGCGACUACGAACGAUUCUGAUUCAGUUAUCAAUGCGGAUUCCAACACCUUUCGUCAUCCUUGCUAAAAGCGUAAGAAUAACAUCAUAACCCGUGUCGAGGGGGGUCCCAGAAUUAAUUUAUGUAUUUUUUUUAAACAGGGGGGUCUAAGAAAAAAAUAGGUUGAGAAGCGCCGAGUUAACAGCAUUUUGGACUUGGAACUAGUGAGAAUUAAGACCAGUGAACCAAAGUGUAGAAAGAACCAGAAUCCAGAUACCAGAUCAUAGCUCAGUCAGUAAGAAUCCAAAGCAUCUGCUAGUCAUGCGCCAAUCUGACGCUCUUUCCGAUUGCAUUAGCUAUGUAAACUAGCCUAGCUGUGUUUUGUUUUAGCAAUGUACAGGUUAGCAUGACGUCAUUGUAUCAUAACCAAGGUAAACAUGUUAGCAUAUGUUAGCACGUGCCUAGUAUCACGUUACUUCUCAAGCUAAUCCGGCUUUAGGAUGUGUCGUUAUCCGUAUCGAGCACGUGCUCUAUGAACUACUUGAAUACUCCAGAGCUUUAAUAUUUAAUACCACGUGAAAUUUCGGCGGCGGUUCGCAUGUCUGCUCCGCUCGUCUCAUUGCGCCUGUGACCAAAGUCGAACCAAAAAAAUAUUACCUCCCGCCGUUUGUCGUAUCCGCGUGUUCUUUGGCGCGGCGCGAGGCACGGCUCUCGGAAACCGAUCAUGUGACCCACGCAAGCUCAGACAGAACCGAACGACGGUACGAUCAGAAUCAGAUAUUAAGAUUUCACUAUGCUCAUCACCUAAACUUUAUUCACACUGUCCGUGAGGGGUAUCGCUGUAAAAUUGGACGCAUGUGGACGUCAUGAAUCAUGCUAUUGUACUGAAACUUUCACACUAAGAAUGCUAGCGUUAGCAAAGCCAGAGUGGACGCUUGUUUCCCCAAUAAAAUACCUUUUUUUACUUUGUUUUUGUAAAGAAACCUAAAGACGAAGGCUUGCUUUAACACGAUUAGGGAAGCAUUACUUUACCGUAUUGUGCAAUACAUCGUUCCGGAUAAAGAGACAUUGCUUCUGUAGGAAAAGGUUGAUGUGAUGAAGAAUUUUUUUCUUUCCUCUUAUCAGUCUCUAGAUGAACUGUGUCAGGAGAAGUUUUGAUUUCCUUCUUGCAUGCUCUCCUCCCUCCUUUCUUGCCCCCCAUCCUUCCCUUACCGCGCCCCGACUGUGCGCUUCGUUGGAUAUGUGACGCUGUAAACAUUCUAAAUCAGGUUAUUGUCUGUGUUGAGAUAUGUAUCUGUGUAAUUAAAA